AUGGUGGACUCCGCUGAGGUUCAGGCGGAAGUGGAUUGGCUUGGCGGCAGCGAUCAGCUCCCUCCACCACCUCCGCCUGCUGCGCAGAAGACAGGCGAUGGAGACGCUCCCAAACCCAGAAAGCGGAAGUCUGCUGGUACCACCAAGAAGGACGAUGCAGAUAGCACAAAAAAGUGCAAGAGGUGCAAAAAGGCCAAGCCUUUGAAGCAAUACUAUGAAGGCCAAGCCAAUUGCAGCGAUUGCAGCCAGGGGUUGAAAAACCUGCGGAAUGUGGCCAAGAGGACAGGUGAAGAGAAAUGGCUUGCUGGUCUUGAGGACUCCGAACUGGAUGCGCUCUUGCAAGCAUACAACAAAGAGAAAGAGCGUGCGGCAAAGGAGAGGACAAGGCUCAAGUUCAACAUGACAACGUACCGUGAGCGACAGCUGCAUGCAACGGGGGUCAGGAAGGAAGGGAGGAGGCGAUUGAUGACGGAGGAUAUGUUUUACACCUGGUCAAAAACGGCCGAGGCAGGUUUCUUGAGUCCGAGUCAGGCCCAGGCCAAAUGGACUUCAAUGCUCUUGGGCAGUUCUGUUUACAGGGAAGAAGGUGAAGGCGGGGCCGGUCUAAGGCUCGCUGUCAAGCUCUUUGAUGACAUCAUUGACUACGACGAUGUUGGCGACCAGAGGGAGGUCGAGCAGGCGCAACGAUUGAGCUCGAAACUCAAUGCGCAAGACCUCAAGCGGAAGCGUGAGGACUUGGUUCUGGCUCCUAGGAGCAGUGAGGCUGACUCCGGCGCUGCAAUGGCAUCUCUGGCAGCUAGUGGCGCGGAUGACCAAAUGCUACUUCCAAGUGUCCGUGGGUUGGCAGCCAAAGCCCAAAGGAAAAUCAGGAGGGUCGACAGCGAUGCUCCUGAGAGCUCUGCUGUGCCUGACCCAGAAGAGGGUGAGGCCGAGGGUGAAGAGCCGGAGAAACCCCAUAAAUGGUUCGAUGGCGUAGCUCAGAGAGCGAAAGCGAUGAGGCAGUUUGACGGGAUGCUGACCAAGUCCAAGGCCCGCAUGCAGUCCAUGUUGGAUUCCAUGAAGCAGCAAGUCAUUGCUGCGCGGGCCUCUAUGUCUGCCCCGGUACUGCCUGGAGGGCCAACCCGAAGCAUAGUUACAGAGAUGAUGAUUGUGAACACCCGCCAGGAAGCUUUGGAGAAAGUUCUCCAUGGAUCAGCCGAUGAUUUCCGUUCGUAUGUGGAGAAGGUGAGCCGCGCCUGUGCCGGUGCUGAUGCACAGUCGGCUGAGAACAAGUCUCAGAACUCCCAUGGCAGUGCGUCUGACAACAUGCUCAGGAGACUUGGCUUAAGCUUUUUGUAUGACCCGAGGACAAGUGGGCCUUGCCACAACUUUGAGAGCUUGUACACCGUGGAUCAGGCUAAAGCUUUGGCUGACAACUUCCAUAUCUUCCAUUGUCCGGAACAGCUUGAGGCUGUCUGGAAGCGGGUGAAACCCGUGUUCAGCCACUGGGACGAGUUGGUUGCAUCAUGCCGCACGGCCACGAAUGAAUUGAAAAGGGCUGUUGAUGCCAGGAAUGGCACCACUGCGAAGAAGGGGCAGGCAAAAGCCAAGGGAAAGAGCAAAAGCAAAGCCAAGGGCAAGCCAACCACCAUGUACCAGCUGGUUGAGGUUAUCCCUGAGGACUGCACGCGCAUUUCUCGCUAUGAUUCCAACACAGUGCCUGAAGACCACGACAUGUCCCACCCGUGCAUCUUGACACAGUUGCCGGCCCUUUUACAGCACAUUGUCAAGCAGGACCAAGGAAAUUCUGAUGCAGCUUUGGUUCUGACUGAACUCAACGAUUUUGAGAAGAAGUUCCAGGAGAGUGAUCUUCGAUUCACUACCGGCAAGGGGCAAAGGGCUUUCAAGCAAGAUGUGGGGGCCAAGGUUUCUGAAGCCAUGCUGACUGUUGCAGGCAAGCACCAUGUGGUUCCUCUUCAGCAAUGGCAGCCCUCCGGUGCGUUUUGCUGUGUGGAGUCACACCGCUCUGUGCAAUAUGAGGUGGGAGGUCUUCCAAGCUUGCGGUUCUGUGUGAAAGGCACCCGACAGUUGAUCUUAACUUCACCAGAGCCGAUCCUGACAGAGCUCCACGACCGGAACAACAAGAAGGGGCAGGACGAGCGGGACAAGAUCACUUACCCUUCAGCUUUGGCCUUCCUUUCGCACGCGCAGGCGGAUGAUGUGGUGUCAAUGAAAGGGUUCUUCGUUGGCACAUUGGGCCCUGGAGAGUUGCUAUACACUCCAGCUGGGAUGAUUGUUGGGGAAAAGAUCGAGCCAAAGGUAGACCACUUGGGCUUGAAGGUUGCUGUGAUGGCUGUGGAUUCGGACUGUGGAGACAAGGCAGGGCUCAAGACCUUGAGAGCAAUGAAAAUGGAAGCGCUUGAGUCAAAGAGAAAGAACGAUGUGUUGGAUGCCGUUCUUGACUUCGUUACCAGUGAGCAAGAGAAGGUGUCGCAGGCAAAGGCAAAGGUGGAGCCUGUGCCUCAGCCGCCUCAAAGCGCUGGAGCUGAAUGA